UUAAAUUUCGCUAUAUUUGUAUUAACAGUGUACUAGAAGAUUUCCCCUCUUAAAGUUCUUAAAGUUAUUGAACAGGAAUAAUUUGACCAUUAAUAUGACUACCACAACAUCAACAUCGAAUAUGCCACGACAUACACUACGACAGACAGACUUUCUUCCAUCCCGUUUUUCUGGCGAUCAAUUAGAUAGGGACAACUCGACCGCACAUUGUCUGACUUUUGAUGAUUACCUAGACGCACACAAUAUAGACUCAACCGACCCCAACCAAUUCCAGACUAUACUCCGAUCUUUCCGUCGCACAUUGCAGGGACAGGCUAGGCUAUGGAUAGACGGACUGACUUUUAAUUCAUAUGACGACUUGAAAGACGGAUUUGUAAGGAGGUUUAGCCCAGCUAAAUCUUCAUAUAGUCAUGUUAGGGACUUUAACACAAUGACGAUGACUGACGGGGAGAGCGCAGAGGCGUAUCUCCAACGACUUCGACAGACUGCGUCUUACAUCAAUUACGGCGAGGCACAGAUUAAGCACAGAUUGCUUGAUUCUCUGCCUAAUGAAUGCCGUGCAACAAUAUUGAUGUCUGCCUCAGCCUCUGACAUAACUUGUGAUGAAAUAGCAGCUAAGGCGCAACUAUUUCUUGACUUACGAAAGGAUUCGACUCCACAGACAAAAGAACUGACCUUUUCUGCCCAGGCAGAAAUUGAUCUUCUCAGGGAGGAGAUCAAUUCAAUGAAAAUGACCGACACCCCCAGUAACGACAGAGACCGCGGCAGAGCUCCUAACCGACGAUCUCCAACACCACGACGAAACAACCAUAGUAGGAGUAUCGACCGUGGUUUCCCCCAACGACGACAAGACCGAAGUCGUGAUCGGUAUCGUGACUAUCAUCAUGAUACUAGACGCGGUAAGAGCCCAUACCGCAAUAACCGUAACUUUAAUGACCGGCAACCAAGACUGACAUGUAACUAUUGUCGCAUACCAGGACAUGUCUGGCGAGAAUGCCGACGACGACUUAGGGACAUUGAGACACAGCCACGACGUGACUACAAUGGUCAGCGACAAUUCUACAGACAACGGACGGGCUACGGCCAACAGCAACAGGAUUUUUAAGACGGGAAGGAGUCAACAGCGCUCGUUAUCUUCCUUCCCGAUCUAAAAAUCAAACCAGGCCUGACAUUGACUUGACUUCGACUCAUUUAGGUACCGAAGACGUAGAACUUAAGUUGACAGAUAGGAACUUUGUGAAAGGUCGCUUACCAAAUGGCAAGAAUGUGUUCAUUUUGUUCGAUAGUGGAGCAACCAAGACUAUAAUUUCCACUAAUUAUGUCCAAUCGUCUUCCUAUCUUUCUAGCCUCCCUAAACAGAAAGUAAGACCAGUUAGGUUUAAAAUCGGAAACGGUCAGUUCCUAACGGCGUUUUCUGCUAUCAAACUACAUGUCUUCAUUCAAGGUCACAAGUUUGAAAUAUCUGCUUUGGUUGUGAACAAUCUUGUGGGAGUAGACAUGAUUUUGGGCAACAAUUCCCUUUCUGAUUUAGACGGUACACUCCAUUUUAGGAAUCAUGUAUUCAAAAUUAAAUCUAAGAAGGUCUCAUUUUCCCCCACUA